AGACAGCAAACCGCUGGGUCGUGUUGGACUUUAUUUAACACUGAUUGUCUCUGCAUAAACUGAUUGACGGAAGAAAAAAAAAAAAAAAAACAUCCACAGAUCCGCAUGCCAAUUGGGCUGAAUCCUCCAGGCGCUUGACAGUGAGCGGGUAGCGUUGGCUGAAACCAUAGGCGUGGUUUUGGAGAGAGAUGCUCCGUCUGCUCCCGCUGGGAUCCCCACCUGCCCUCACACCGCGUCUGUCACAGCGCCAGCUGGCGUUCUCCUCUGCUCCACACACCACACUUCUGAUUAGUUUUCAUCAGUACCACAAAGGAUACGCGCUUGCAUUUUUCGUCCAGGUUGUUGUGUAAUUGCAGAUCAGAGGUAACUCCGAGUUCGGCGGCGAAGAAAGCGCCCCUCGGUGGAGAUAACCGGAGCGGACAACGCGGUGCUUGGCCUCCUGGCAGCAGCAGCAGCGGGGGAAGGAAGCACGACAGAGACCCUGGUUUGAUGUGUAGGGCUGCUCGACGCGCAAGUCGUGCCCGCCGCGGUUUACAAGGAUGGAAAAUACACGCAGAAUACCCAGGAGACUGCUCUGGCUUGGCUUCCUUGUGGUGGCGUCUGUUGUACUUUCAGUGGAGAGCAAGAGACCCAGGCAGCAGCGCUGUCCCAUGUCAUGCACAUGCACCAAAGAUAACGCGUUGUGCGAAAGCGCAGUGUCGAUUCCUCGCAGCUUUCCCCCCGAUGUCACAUCUCUAUCAUUUGUCAAAUCGGAAUUCACCGAAAUCGCUAAGGAGAGGUUCAUCCACAUCCCUGCCCUGCAUCUCCUCUUGUUCACAGCAAAUAACCUGGAAUCUAUAAUCGAGGAUGCUUUCCUUGGACUUCCUCAUCUCGAAUAUCUAUUUAUAGAAAACAACCAAAUCCAGUCGAUAUCACCAUAUGCUUUCCGGGGACUGAAAACCUUGGUGCACCUGAGUCUGGCUUACAACAAUCUGGAGACUCUCCCUAAAGAUUUGUUCAAAGGUCUCGAGGCCUUGACAAAAGUAGACUUGCGUGGGAAUCACUUCAUGUGUGACUGUAAGCUGAAGUGGUUAGUGGAGUGGAUUUACAGCACCAAUGCCACCGUGGACCAAAUUUACUGUAAAGGCCCAGCCUCACAGUUGGACAAGAAGAUCAAUGACCUGUCGCCGCAGUCCUUCGACUGCAUCACCACAGAGUUUUCUCCCUACCAGUCCCUGAAAUUUGAAUCCAUAUCAGUGGAAGCAUUUUCUUUCAGGAAUGACCAGUAUGUUGUCUUUGCCCAGCCAUUCAUUGGGAAAUGUGGCUUCCUUGAAUGGGAUCACGUUGAGAUGAACUUCAGAAACUUUGACGAUAUUGACAGUACAUCCACUGUGAUCUGCAAACCUCUAGUCAUUGACAACCAGCUGUUCAUCAUUGUGGCUCAGCUGUUCGGAGGCUCCCACAUCUACAAGCGGGACACCUCUGCCAACAAAUUCAUUAAGCUUCAAGGCAUUGACGUCCUGAAAAUCCGCAAGCCAAAUGAUGUAGAGACGUUCCGCAUUGAUGGAGAGUCCUUCUUUGUCAUAGCAGAUAGCUCCAAGGCCGGCUCCACCACUAUCUACAAGUGGAACGGCAAUGGAUUCUACUCUCACCAGUCCCUCCACCCGUGGUACCGCGACACCGACGUGGAAUACCUGGAGAUCUCCUCCAAGCCUCACCUGAUCUUGUCAAGCAGCUCCCAGAGGCCCGUCAUCUACCAGUGGAACAAAGCCACCAAGCAUUUCGACAGACGAACCGACAUCCCGGAGAUGGAGGACGUUUACGCCGUGAAGCACUUUCAGGUCAAAUCGGAUCUCUACAUCUGCCUGACGCGCUUCAUCGGCGACUCCAAGGUGAUGCGCUGGGAUGGCGCCCUCUUUACAGAGUUACAGACCAUGCCCUCUCGAGGCUCCAUGGUGUUCCAGCCCUUCACUGUGGGCAGCUGGCAGUACGCCAUUCUGGGCAGCGAUUACUCCUUCACCCAGGUGUACCGCUGGGAUGCCAAGAAGGGCGAAUUUGUUCGCUUUCAGGAGCUCAACAUUCAGGCGCCAAGGGCCUUUUCUCCAGUUUCCAUUGACAACCGUCAGUUUCUGCUAGCCUCCAGUUUCAAAGGGAAAACUCAGAUCUACAAGCAUUUAGUCAUUGAUCUGAGUAAUUGAGAGAUUGUUCUUUUUUUUCUAUUGAAUGGUUAGUUAUUUUUGUGAUCUUUUUUUGUGUACAUGAAGAAGUCUAAUAGCAGAUGGAGCACUAAAACCGUUUAGAAAUUUAUGGUCCUAACUUUAGAAAUUUAUAUUCACUCAUUUUUCAAAUCAAUCACAAUCUCUGCAUGACAAGUUUAAAGAUAAAAAGUAAAUUUCUCAACUUAAAUAAUCUGUCUGAGAGGCAUGCAUCAUUAGAUCCAAUAUUUUUUCAAGUUAUUAAUGCACGAAAAGCCAGAAGCAGGCCAUCAAUAACCCAACCAAUCUAAAAUUGGCCUUAAAAGGUUUAUAUCAAUUUGUGAUCAAGCUUUUACAAUAUUUGACAUAGUUUAUACAGUUACUCUCCAGUGUAUAACGAUUUACAGAAAAUAAUUAUGCUUUUUAAACUGUUGACAUGUUUUAGCUGAACAAAUCUGCUGAAAAGCAAUGUUUACAUUUUUCUGUCUUUCCAUUUGUAUGCUACAAAGAUUUGUAAAUGAUGCUUUUGUAAGUUUAGAGCAGGGCCAUGGCAGACAAGUUGUAUUUCUCAGAAGUUGAUUUGAGUUCAUUAUACAUAAAAUUUGACAAAAAAUAUAUAUAUGUAUACAGAAGGUUCCUACUCAUUUUUAUGUCAAAUUCCUCACUUUUCCUGCAAGUGUCCAACCCCAUUUAAGCCCAUUCUUAAAGUUUAAUUACACAAGUUUACUUUGAAUGCUUGGCAGAUAUCUCUGCAGUGGUCAGGCUUCAGAUAUGGAGCAGGCAAAAAAAUAAAAUAAAAACUGUAGGGAAGGAUGGAUUGAUUGGCUUGAAUGGACAAACUGGUGCACAUGGAUGGAUGGUGAGCAAACUGAUAGAAAGAUGGACAGACAGAUAGAUGAAUGGAUGGAAGGAUGACAGACAAAAGAUAAGCCAAGCGGAUGUGCAAAUGGACAGAUGAAUGAAUAAUCGUGAGCAAACAGAUGGAAGAACGGAUGGACAAAGGGAUGAAUGCAUUGAUUAGAUGAAUGGAUGGAUGAUGAACAAACAGAUGGACUUUAAAACAAUUGAAUUGGGAAAAAAAAAUCCCAAUCUGAAUCUUAUUGCUAAGCAGGAACCCUGUAUACAGACAUAUUGUGAGUCUACCUGUAUAUCCUUGCAACUUCAGUUUUCAUUGUUAAUGGUUUGUAAAGUGUUUAAAGUAUUGAGCAGUUUUUCAUAACUGGCACCUAUAUGAACAAUUUUCAAACUCUUUAAAAAGGCACUGAAAUGAAAAAAAAAGACUACUGUUCAUAUUCUUUAACUAUCGUGCGCAAAAUACAUCAUUUGUGUCAUGACUUAGAUGAACCUUCUGUUAUUUUGAGUCAAUAAAAGUAAUUUCGUCUGAAC